AUGAGUCCUUGGGUGUUGUUCCUGCUGUUUCUCACCCACAGUAAGCUUCAGCUUGCUAUUGCUCCUGCCCCUGGCGAUGGCAACAACAAGAUCUGUCUCAUGGGUGUCAAGGGCAAACAACACCUUUCAGAGUGGUGGUAUCUCCUUGCAUUGAAAGACUUUGCGACCAUCGUCCAAAUUUCCAUGAGGGCUGGGAUCAAGGAAUUUUGCUUGGAUUCUGCAUGCUGGCCAACAGCUUCUGCAGGGGAGGAAUCAGUCAACAGUGAAAGGGUGGGCUACAUCCCAGAGCUAAGGGAUUAUGCUCACUAUGAGGCCCAGCGAUCCAAGCUGCUCCACGGAGCACAACGGUCUCUAUGCAUGGGUGGCAUUGAAAAUGGGUGGACUAUACUGGCAUCUCGCACUGGACGAUGCUGGUGA